AGCUGUACGUCAUUUGUAUUAUGAAACGUUCCGCCUGACGUGUUUCCGCCGGAAGUCUGUGUCAGUCGGACCCGUUCAAGAUGUCAGUGGAGCAGACGCGCGCGAGUGGGCAACUCAAUGACACCGAAGACGACAAAUCACACUUGAUAAAAGCCGGUGCUUUCCUCACUACUGUAGCCACAGCAGGUAUGAUUGCAGGGUUCGGUUGCACCCUUGCCGUGGCUAAGAAGAAGAGUCCUGACUGGUUCAAUAAGGGUGUGAUAGGAACUGCUGCGGUGCCAGAAAGUGGUGCGUCGUUAGCAUUGCGGGCGUUGGGAUGGGGUUCACUUUACGCCUGGUGUGGAGUUGGUCUCCUGAGCUUCACCGUUUGGAAGGCCCUGGGCGUCCACAGCCUAAAGGAGUUUCGUCAGAAAAUGCAGUCCAUUUUCCCCGCCGUCCCCAGAAAUGAAGACAAUUCUGCUCCAUUUGACUGGAAUUCCAUCUUCAAGUCAAAAUGAGAAGAAUUUACAAUCUAUUUCCAAAACGGACAGCCUUAACUGACUGUCUGGGAAGAAUACUUUUCAGCUAGUCAGCUUGGUCAAGUGUGAGCCAUUUUAGAUCCAGCAACAAGUAUCAAGUCUGUGGUCACAGCACUGGAGAAUGCCUCACUGAAGGCCGGAGAGACAUAACUUGGUUGACUUCUUGUGCCAUACUGGAAUUUACAAGAGACUUUGACUCUGCACCUGCAGUCACAAGUGUGGAAGUAUUAUGUGUUUGUACAUACUGUACUAUCUCAGUUAUUUAAUUAGCCUUUUUUUUUUUUGGUAACCAUAUAUUUUGGACAUUUGUGUGGGCCUAGUAAAUAAUAUCACUGCCCUUUGGCUGGUGGUGUUUAUACAUUAAAUAUCUAACUUAAGCAGUUAUUGUGUUAAAUUGCCAUCAUGUGAUGAUUAGGUCUAAUAAAAGCAUCUUUUAAUA